CCCUCGCUGCAGCUGGGCGGCUAGUUCAAGUUGCCAUAGCUGCGAGUCUGGGGAGAGCUGAGUCGGUUGCGCCGUAGCGUCUGGUCAGUUUCGCUUGUAGGUCCCUGGUGGCCGCGGGAGCCGGGAGGGGCCUCGGCGAUGAUCCAGCAUUGACGACCUGGGGUCCUCUUCUCUCUCAGGUGGUUUUGGGAAAGUGCAGGGGCACCCAGAGAUCAUCUACAUGACUAGGCCUUUUGCCCUGAACCUAAUGAAGAAAUGAUAGGAGGCAGAGGUGGAUGCCUAAGAGCACUGAGCUCAGAGGAGAGCAACACGGAGUUUUGGGGUUGUGCUUUGAUUUGUGUACAUCAAUGGCAGAAUCCUCCAGUGAUUCAGAACACUUAUGCUCUCGUGACCGAUUGAGUCGAUGGACUGCCAGGUCAACACACAGGGAAACUCUAAAUUAUCCUGCAGUAGAUGUCACCCAGAAGGUCAACAGUAUAACAAGUACUCUACAGGAUACCAGUCGGAACUUGCGACAAGUAGACCAGAUGCUUGGACAAUAUCGAGACUAUAGUGACGGGCAGGCGGGUGCUAUUGAACAUUUAAAAGAAAGCUUGAAACAAUCAAUAGGCCAACUGCGGAGUCAGCGUUUAUUGAGGAACUCAGGAGGGAGAAGUGUUUCUGUUACAAGUCUGAGUGCAAGUGACCUCGAUGGUGGCACUGUGGCAGACAGCCACCGUUUUCCACCUACCUCACCUCUUAAGGACUAUGUGGACCAACAGGGUAUUAAACGUAUUAGGUCCAGAACUGGUGUCCGAUUUGUUCGGGAGACAGAUGACAUGGGCCAGCUUCAUGCUUUUCAUCAGUCCCUCCGAGACCUCAGCAGUGAACAAGUUCGCCUUGGAAAUGAUUUCAGCCAGGAACUUGUCAGACGAAGCCGAUCGGACGCUGAAACAAAAAGGGCUUUGGAAGAAUUGACUGAAAAACUUAAUGAAGCCCAAAAACAAGAAGUGGUUUCAGAUCGGGUGGAGAGACGGCUUCAGGAAAUAGAAAGAGAGAUGCGCACAGAAAGAGAGCUGGUGGAGAAACGGCAGGAUCAACUGGGACUUAUUUCUUUGCAGCUACAGGAGGCACUGAAGAAACAAGGAGGUAAAGCAGAUGAGAAUGAGGAUGUAAUGAAAAAUAUGCUAAGACAAACUGAAACCGAGAAGAGUCAUCUUGAACAGGAAUUGGAGCUAUCUCGAAGGCUAUUGAAUCAGUCAGAAGGCAGCAGAGAAACACUUUUGCAUCAGGUUGAAGAACUCCGUAUGCAGCUUAAGAAAGCAGAAGGUGAUCAAAAGGGUUUACAGCAUCAAGUAUCUCAGAUUUCCAAGCAACAGUCAAACCAUCAGGAUGUACUUGGAGAUGACUGGUGGUUUAGGAGAGGAGUUGAGCGGGGAAAAGAGAAUCUGGAGAAGCAGAUGUCAGAGUUGAAAGUGCAGCUGAACUUCAGUGCAUUGGCAUCUGAGUUAGAGGAAGUGAAGCGGAGCAUGGAGCGAAAAGACAAGGAGAAAGCACAUUUUGCAGCGCAAGUAGAGAAUUUAACACGUGAAUUGGAGAACAAAGAAAAACAGCAGCUACAGAUGUUGGAUCAGCUUAAGGAGAUCCAGAAUCACUUUGAGACAUGUGAGGCCAAGCAUCAGAGUGCUGACCUCCAGAUCUCGGAACUGACUCAUCAUGCUGAGGAUGCAACCAAGCAGGCUGAGCAGUACCUCGUGGAGUUCCAGCAGUCAGAGGCCCUGAGACAGGAGGCAGAGAAGAGGAGAGAAGAGCUGAAACUGAAAGCUCAGGAGGCCAUUAGGCAGUGGAAGCUUAAGCAUAAGAAGGUAGAGCGAGCAUUGGAGAAACAAUCUGAAACUCUUGAUCAACUGACAGACAAGAAUAAUAAGAUUCUAAAAGAAAAGGAUGAAUUGAAAAGCCAGCUUUAUGCAGCAUUACAACAAAUAGAGAAUCUUAGAAAAGAACUGAAUGACGUUUUAACUAAGCGUGCCCUUCAAGAGGAGGAACUUCACUGCAAGGAGCAGAAACUAAGUGAUGUUAGGGCUCUUCAAGCUGACCUUGAACGAGAAGUCAAGGAUUCUCUGGACACCAUCCAGAGUCUAGAAAGUGAAUUGAAAAAGCAGAAUAAGAUUCAAAGCCAGAUGAAAGUUGAGAAAACUCAGCUGGAAGAAGAAAUUGCAGAGCUCAAGAAGAGCCAGGCCAAGGACAAAGCUCAGCUCCUUGAGAUGCAGGAGGCCAUUAAGGAUCUGAGCGCCAUCCGGGCAGAUCUGGCUAAUAAACUGGUUGAGGAACAGAGAGCCAGGAAAGAGGUGCUGAAGAACCUUUCUGACCUUAAGACACAGGCAAAGUCCAAAGAUGAAGAAACAGCUACAGUCAUUACACAGUUAAAGCUGGAGCGAGAUGUUCACCAGAGGGAGCUGGAAGAUCUCACAUCAUCACUGCAGAGUUUGCAAAAGAAACAUGAACAGAACAUCCAGGAGCUGAUGAAGCACUUCAAUAAAGAAAAGAGUGAGGCUGCGAAUCAUAUUAGGACACUGAAGGCAGAAAGCUUAGAAGAUAAGAAUAUGGCUAAAGCCCAUCUUUGUCAGCUAGAGAAGUUGAAAUCACAGUGUGACAGGCUGACAGAGGAGUUAACCCAGAAUGAAAAUGAAAACAAAAGACUGAAGCUGAAAUAUCAGGGUUUGAAGGAACAACUAGAAGAAAAGGAAAAACUUCUAAGCAAUGAAGAAGAGCAUUUAAGGAGGAUGGAAGAGGCCAGAUUGCAGCUCAAAGAUCAGCUUCUUUGUCUGGAGACAGAACAGGAAUCCAUUCUUGGUGUGAUAGGAAAGGAAAUUGAUGCAGCUUGUAAAACCUUCUCCAGGGACUCAAUGGAGAAAUUGAAAGUUCUCUCAUCUGGUCCUGAUAUUAAUUAUGACCCACAUCGCUGGUUAGCAGAAAGCAAGACUAAACUUCAGUGGCUCUGUGAGGAACUGAAAGAGCGAGAAAACAGAGAGAAAAGUCUGCGGCACCAGUUGAUGCUGUACAGACAACAACUCAGGAAUCUGACGGAAAACAAAGAAUCUGAGCUCCAGUGUCUCUUUGAACAGAUAGAAAGACAAGAGCAGCUUCUGGAAGAAAUACAUCGGGAGAAGAGAGAGAAAACCGUUCCAUCUUGAGAGUUUUUCCUGCAGCUGCUCUGUCCCUCCUGUAUACGUAGCACUUGUGUCUGUUGGUCGUUUGCAAGUGUUAACUUGGUAAGUAAGACAUAUUUGCUCUUCCCUGGUAUAAUGACAAAACAUAUUCAACAGAUACUCAUUCAGUGAGUGUUUACUCUGU